AGACACGUGAAGGUCGGUGAGUUGGUGCGGAGUUGGUCUCGGCACGCGCGGCCGCGCUGGGAUGGAUUCCUCCUCGUCUUCCUCCGCGGCGGGUUUGGGCACUGUGGACCCGCAGUUGCAGCAUUUCAUCGAGGUGGAGACGCAGAAGCAGCGCUUUCAGCAGCUGGUGCACCAAAUGACUGAACUUUGUUGGGAGAAGUGCAUGGACAAGCCUGGGCCAAAGUUGGACAGUCGGGCUGAGGCCUGUUUUGUGAACUGUGUUGAGCGCUUCAUUGAUACAAGCCAAUUCAUCUUGAAUCGACUGGAACAGACCCAGAAAUCCAAGCCAGUCUUCUCAGAAAGCCUUUCUGACUGA